AUGGUCGUUCUGAUUUCUCACAGCCACCGGGAUUUGCUGCUGCGCUUCGCCUGUGAGGAACGCCGUAGGAUUUCUUCUAGAGGCUGUCUGUGUGACGCCAAUGUAUUGUCCUCAACCGGGUUUGGAACCGGCUACGAGUCGUUUGAGUUGGUAGCAUGCUUAUUUGAUGGUGACAUGUACUCGCCGUAUCAUCGCGCUGUUAUGGGAUCUUGCGGUAUUUUCUAG